AUGUCUCUCAUCAUGUGGAACAGCUUUGUUAUACUCGAACCGGGCGGUAUCGACUCUUUUGAAGUCUUCCUCCUCAUCUGCAUCUUCUUCGGCUCCAUCUCACUUGUCAUCGAUCUCUGGACUAGCACCAUUGGCCUUUGUAUCAUUAUAUUCGGGAACCCGGAGAGAUCCAUAUUCUCUUACUUCGACGCCAAAGGUCCGCUUCCAGAACUACAUUCAACCACGGCACUUACCAUCUACAUGCGUAACGAAGACCCAGGUCCGAUAUUCGAUCGCCUGCUCGCUAUCCACGACAGCUUGUCUCAAAUUGGUCGACUGGAAAGCUUCAGGUUCGUCUUGCUAAGCGAUACAACCAACGUGGACGUCAUACGCAUGGAAGAAGAAGGAUUCGAGGAGAUCAAAGAUAGCCUGAGCAUGGGCACGUAUCGAACGGCUUUUUACCGCCGCCGCAAGGAAAACAUUGGCUUCAAAGCUGGCAAUGCUUUUGACUAUGUCGAGCAACAUUCCCAGGGCGAUGAAUUCUUCGUUCCACUCGACUCGGACAGCACUAUGAGUGGUGAUCUUCUGGUACGACUAGUCGACAGCAUGGAGAAGAAUCCUCAAAUUGGCAUCAUACAAACCCAAUUCGGCAGCACACCGUCCAUAAGUGGCUUCAACCGCAUCAUGAACUUCUUCACCAGGCAUAUCCACAACACGGGUCUGAGCUGGUGGUACCGCGAUCGUGCGAUUUAUUGGGGUCACAACGCAACCAUUCGCACUCGCGCUUUUCUGCAUCACUGUAAAUUGCCGUUUCUCGCGGAGAGACCGCCGCUCGGGGGAUGGGUUCUGAGUCACGACGUCAUAGAAUCCAAGUUCAUGGGCCGCGCUGGCUACGAAGUCUGGCUGCUGCCCGUCGAGACUGGUAGUUACGAAGCGAACCCGCCUACUCUGAUUGACCAUAUUCGCCGGGAUGUUCGCUGGUGCCGGGGUACUCUUCAGUACAUUGCUUUGCUCAAGCAGCCUGGCCUGGAUUUCUUUGACCGCGUCCAGAUAUGUCAGAUCAUAUGUUCAUAUCUGGGCCCGGCUGUUUGGACCGUGGUCACCUCUGCUAUUAUUGUCAGGUCGGCAAUGAACCAGUCCAGCACUGAGGAUAUCGAUUAUCUCAACGUUUACUCGCAACGGCUGAUCGUCGCUUUGACCACUUUCCCCAGGGCUGCUAGCAUUGCCUACAUAGCAAGGAAGUGCGUCAGAAGCUUCGACGAUGGCUUUCGCUGGGCCAUCUCCUGUUUGUUACAUUUUCUCUAUAUAGCGCUCGUCGCUCCCACCAUUAGUAUCGCGAUAACUGCUCAGGUCUUCGGUUCCUUCAUUGAAAGUUCAUUUGGCUGGGAAGGCCAAAAUCGCGAGCGUCUUGGCCUCGGCUGGCGGGACAGCUUCCGAGCGCUUUGGCUGCAAACCUCAAUUGGUGUCGGUAUCGCGGGCGGAAUGCUUACACAGAAUGGUUUUGGGGUCGUUCGGGUUUUUGUGCUUGCUUUGAGCCUGUUGUUGAGCGUACCGGCUGCAGUCUUGACCGCAUCGCCUUAUUUGAGCGGUAUCAUCCUUCGUAUGCGCUUGUUCAACAUUCCGGAAGAGGUUGCACUGCCACCAAUACUGUCUUCGAUAGUGCCGCCUGAGAUUCACUCGCUUUCUCGGCAGAAGAUAAAGAAUUGA